GGGCUUUUUUAAAGUUGAUUGAUCCGCCAUCUUGAAAAGUGCCCUCCGAUGGUUAAGCUUUUCCCGCCCGUCGGAGUCUGCUGUAGAUUGUUUGUUUUCCCUGUUAGGUUGCUGGUUUCCCCGAAGUUCAUGUCCGUAGUGUUUGAUUCAGAAGCCUGGUCAGCUUACCUGCCGGGGAAGCGUCACCUUGCCUUUCUUGUUGGGGAUUAUUGAUUGGUGGAGGCUGAGGUGCCUUCUGUUGCAUGCAUCCUGUUUCCAAAGCUUUCUCCUGUUGCCCCUGCUUGGAGUACCUGUAAUGGGCAAGGACUUCCAAAGAGAACAAACAUUGUUUUAUUUUUGAAUAAUCUGACAAUCACAUUACUAUUCUAACCAGAUUAGAGAAUUUCACAUUCACAGUUUUUCAUUAUCUGCAAGUUGGCCAUGAACAAUUGAAUGAGACUAUUUUUGGAGCUUGCAGAAGCAUCGUAGAAACUCUCAGGUGACUUGUAAGUCAAAAAUAUAUAAAUACUAAAAAUGAUUUGAAUCACACACUGUCAUAUAAAUUUUAGUGUAAAUAUUUGUGAGUGUAAGUGCAUACUAUAUUCUUAAUAUUAAAAGCUUUUCUUUAAAAAACAGAAAACUGGGAUCUAAGUAUCUCGGCUUGGGAAUGCCGUGCAUCUGUCUCAGCAACCACCCUCACUCAUGUUAGCGGUCUGUGACUGGAAUCUCUGAUUUCUCACAGUGACUUAAGCUUUUCAGUGCCAUUAAUUUAAUGUUCCCAAGUAUUUGUGAAUUUUUAUGUUUGUGUAUCUUCCACCAUAAACCCUCAAGCAUGUGAUGGGUAACGGCAACAUGUUCUGGAAGUUUGACCUGCAUUCAACUUCCCACGUCGACACCUUGUUGGAGAAGGAGAACGUGACCCUGACAGAGCUGAUGGAUGAGGAGGAUGUGUUGCAGGAGUGCAAGGCCCAGAACCGCAAACUAAUUGAUUUCCUGGUCCGGCCACAGAGCAUGGAAGACCUGGUUGGCUAUGUCACCCAGGAGCCCAGUGAUGACAUGGACGAGAAGCUUAAGUACAAGUUCCCCAACAUAUCCUGUGAACUCCUCACCUCGGAUGUGAGUCGAAUCAACGACAAACUGGGUGAGGACGAAAGCUUGCUUACAAAGCUCUACAGCUUUCUGCAACAUGACCCUCCCCUCAACCCCCUGCUGGCAAGUUUUUUCAGCAAGGUGCUGAGCAUCCUUAUUAGCAGGAAGCCUGAUCAGAUUGUAGAGUUUCUCCGUAAGAGGGACGACUUCGUGGACCUAAUGAUAAAGCAUAUAGGGACCUCGGCCAUCAUGGACUUGAUGCUCAGGAUGUUGACCUGUGUUGAGCCACAGCAGCUUAGGCAAGAUGUCUUAAAUUGGCUGAAUGAGGAGAAGGUUAUUCAGCGGCUUGUUGACAUGGUACAGCCAACUCUGGAUGAGGAUAAACACUCUAAUGCAUCUCAGUCGCUAUGUGAAAUAAUCCGUCUAAGCAGAGACCAGAUGUUCCAAGUUCAGGGUGGUUCGGAGUCAGACCCCCUAUUGGUCACACUGGAAAAACAGGAGACAGUGGAACUGUUAUUGUCCAACAACUUUGACAAAGAGAGGAACGACUCUGCUAUAGUCAGUGUUAUACAGAUACUGUUGACUCUGUUUGAAAUGCGAAAGUCUGCUUUUGAAGGCCACUUAGAGAGCUGCCCCCCCAUUAUGAACCAGCCAUCGUUCUCAGUCAGUCCGACUGUGCUGGAGGCUGUCAAACCAAGGCUGAAGGACUUCCACCAACUGCUGCUUGAGCCCCCAGAGAAAAAUGUCUUGAAAACUACAUGGGGAGUGCUGGAUCCCCCAGUCGGCAAUGCGCGUUUGCAUGUUGUCCGGCUGGUUGCUAGCCUUCUUCAAACAAACACACACACGAUCAACCUUGAGCUUAUAGACCUCAACACUGUUGGAGUCAUACUUGAUAUGUACUUCAGAUAUAUAUGGAAUAACUUUUUGCACAUACAAGUUGAAAUCUGCAUAGCAAUGAUUCUGGCCUUACCUCCAACUCAAAGUGCAAGUCCCAUUAUCAAUGGAGACAAUGACUCUGAGCCUGUCAUGGAAAACCUUCUUGUCAAGCAUCUGUUUCAGAAGUGCCAAAUACUACAGAGAAUACUUGAUGCCUGGGUCUCCAAUGAAAAGGAGCAGGCCGGAGGCGGAAGGCGUCGAGGGUACAUGGGCCAUCUGACCCGGAUAGCUAAUUCUGUGGUGCACAACAGUGACAAGGGGCCCAACAGCAUGCUGAUACAGCAGCUUAUUUCAGAGCUCCCUGAGGAUGUCCAAAACGCAUGGGAUGCAUUUAUUUCUGGGCAGCUAGCAGACAUCAACAAGAAGAACACUGUAGAUUUAGUAAAUACACACAUUCAUCCAUCCAGUGAUGAUGAGGUAGACUUUAAAAGCACUGGAUUUCGUCAGGAUUCUGCCUUGCAACAAGCCUUCUCUGAUUAUCAGAUGCAACAAAUGACGUCCAAUUUUAUUGAGCAGUUUGGCUUCAAUGAUGAGGGGUCCGCUGAGCAGGAUGAUGUUGUGGGUAUUGCAUUUGACAGAAUAUCUGACAUCAAUUUUUCUUUGAAUACAAAUGAAAGUGCUAAUAUUGCCCUCUUUGAGGCAUUCUGCAAGGAAAAGAUCCAACAAUGUGAAGACGCUGGCUCUGACGAGGAUGACAUUUGGGAUGAGAAAGAUGUCACUUUUGGCCCAGAAACACAGAGGCGCCCCAGAAGUUCUGGCAGUACAGACAGUGAAGAGAGCACGGAUUCUGAAGAGGAAGAUGGUAAACGUGACCCUUUUGAACCCAGCAAGACAAGCUCUGAUGACCGAAUGGAAGUUAACUCUGCCUGGACCAGCGGCUUUGACAUUCCGAUGGAGAUGGGAAGCCCCACAGGAACAGGGCCUCCCACAGCUAUAGAUGCUUCACAAACUCUGGUGCCAAAAUCAGUGGGAUGCAGUUCAGAGAACUCAUCCCAAGGGAAGAAGGCUGGAUGGGCAGACUUCUCCAACUUCCCAGGAUCUGCGAGUCCCAAAGAUCCUCUAAGAAGCAGCUCCCCAGUGGCUAUGGACACGAGCUCAGAAGUUGUGGAUCCCCUGACUGCUGGCUUUGCAGCUCAGUCUGAAGCAGUGGAGCAGUGGCCAAGUCAGGAGUCCCAGCCUGCAACAGUGGUUAGAGAGGAGGAGGAGGAGGACGAGGAGCUGACCGCUGAUCGGGUCACUGAGACUGUCACCAAUGGCUCCAUGAAGGAGACAGUCAGUCUUACUGUAGAUGCCAAAACAGAGACUGCCGUUUUCAAAAGAGUGUUGAAGUCCUGUUGUGAGGACAAGUCACCUCCCUCUGGAGACCCAUCCACUACAUAUGCUGUCACUGAGGAUCCUGUGUUGGUGAGAACUGGAUCAAGCCCACCAGCCAGCAACAGUCCGCAGCAUAGACCGGACAAGCAAGUUCAGUCACCGGAGGCAGUGAAUGGUCCGGCUUGAUGGUGGUGGACCCCCCCCCCCCCCCGCCCAC